AUGGGGGCGCUGCCGCUGCCCCUCCCCCUCCUGCUGCUGGCCGGGGUGACCCCGCGGGGGACGGAGGGGACGGCGCCGGACCUGGGCCGCUGCCGCUUCGCCCUGGGCAUGCAGGACGGUUCCAUCCCCGACUUUCGCCUCUCGGCCUCCAGCGCCUGGUCCGACUCCACCGCCGCCCGCCACGGCCGGCUGGGCCGCAGCGACGGUGACGGCGCCUGGUGUCCGGCCGGGCCGGUGUUCCCGGCCGAGCAGGAGUUCCUGCAGGUGGACCUGGGCCGGCUGCACGUGGUGACGCUGGUGGGGACGCAGGGGCGCCACGCGGGCGGGCACGGCCGAGAGUUCGCCCGGCAGUACCGGCUGAGCUACAGCCGCGACCGGCGCCGCUGGCUGCGCUGGAGGGACCGCUGGGGAAACGAGGUGAUUGGUGGCAACGAGGACCCCGAGGGCGUGGUGCUCAAGGACCUGUCCCCGGCGCCGGUGGCCCGGUGGCUCCGCGUGUACCCAAGGGCGCCGCGCGCCAUGAGCGUCUGCCUGCGCCUCGAGCUCUACGGCUGCCCCUGGGACGCCGGGCUCCUGGCCUACACGGCGCCGCGGGGACACAUCAUGGCGCUGGAGCCCGUGCCCAUCGUCCUCAACGACUCCACCUACGACGGCUUCAGCGCCGGCCCGUUGCACUUUGGUGGGCUGGGCCAGCUCUCGGACGGCGUCCUGGGCCUCGACGACUUCCUGAGGACGCGCGAGCGCCGCCUGUGGCCGGGCUACGACUACGUGGGGUGGCCACGCCCACCGGGGCCCCGCCCCCACGUGGAGCUGGAGUUCGAGUUCCUGGAGCUGCGCAGGUUCCACGCCAUGCAGGUCCACUGCAACAACCUCCACACGCGCGGCGUCGGGAUCUUCCGGGCCGUCGAGUGCCGCUUCAAGAAGGUCUUGGCCACGGCCUGGGAGCCCCUGGUGGUCACCCACGGCCUGGCCGGGGCCACCAAGGACCCCAGCGCCCGCUCGGUCACCGUGCCCCUGGGCGGGCGCCACGCGCGCUUCCUCCAGUGCCGCUUCUUCUUCGGCGCCGAGUGGAUGCUCUUCAGCGAGGUGUCCUUCGUCUCAGAGGUGCUGGACGACCCCAUUGGUGCCAGCGGGUGCCCCCCGACCCCUGACCCCUCCGCCGCCAUCUUGGAAAACGCCCACGGCUGGGGCGGGGCCACCAACACCACCGGCCUGGCAGCCCCCGGGGAGGCCGGGCUGGCCCCGCCCACGGCCCAGGGAGGGGCGGGGCAGUCGCCGGCGCUGCUGGGCUGCCUGGGCGCCAUCAUCCUCCUCCUGCUCGCCAUCAUCAUCCUCAUCCUCCUGCGGCGGCACCGCGGGGCCGGGACGCUGGGCAAGGGCCGCGGGGCGGAGGCGGCGCUGCGGGUGCAGCUCUCGGGGGACACCGUGGUCAUCAACAACGCCACGGGAGGGGGACCCCGCUACGAACGGAUCGGAACCGGAACCGGAACUGGGAACGGAGCCGGAACCGGAAAUGGAACCGGGACUGGGAUCUGGACCGGAAGUGGGACUGGGGAGUACCAGGAACCCACCCGGGCACGGCCCCGAGAGCCCCCGGUGCCCCCCGGGGCUGCCAAUCCAGCCUAUCGGCUGCUCCUCGCCACCUACGCCCGGCCAAUAGGAGGCCUCGCCCUGGCCCCGCCCAACACCACCAAGCCAAUCAACACCGACGGUGAGCCCGAGGGCGGGGCAGGGGCCUACGCUGAGGCCGACGUCACCGGAGGCUCCGCCUACGCCCUGGCUGGCCCCGCCCACAGCCCCGCCCACGGCCCCGCCCUCCCGGCCUUCCCUCGGGACCGCCUCCGCUUCCGGGAGAAGCUGGGGGAGGGGCAGUUCGGAGAGGUGCUGCUCUGUGAGGUCAUCGCCCCCCACACCCUGGGCCUGGCCCCGCCCCCCAGCUUAGGCCCCGCCCCCUCGGGCACAGAGCGCCCCCUGCUGGUGGCGGUGAAGGUGCUGAGGCCGGACGCGAGCAAGAACGCGCGGUGUGAUUUCCUGCAGGAGGCGCGGGCGCUCUGGCGGCUGCGGGACCCCCACAUCGUGCGGCUGCUGGGGGUCUGCGGGGGUCCCGGCCCCCUGUGCAUCGUCACCGAGUACAUGGAGCACGGGGACCUGCACCAGUUCCUGGGCGGGGCCCGGGGCCACGCCCUCAGCCUGGGCACCCUGGUGCAGCUGGGCGCGCAGAUCGCGGCCGGGAUGCGGUUCCUGGCCGGGCGGAAUUUCGUGCACCGGGACUUGGCCACGCGGAACUGCCUGGUGGGCGAGGGGCUGCGGGUGAAAAUCGCGGAUUUCGGGAUGGGCCGGAGCCUGUACGGCACCGAGUACUGCCGGGUGCGCGGGCGGGCGCUGCUGCCCAUCCGCUGGAUGGCCUGGGAGAGCAUCCUCUGGGGCACGUUCAGCCCGGCCAGCGACGCCUGGGCCUUCGGGGUGACGCUCUGGGAGGUGCUGACGCGCUGCCGGGAGACCCCGUACGGGGCCCUGAGCGACGAGCAGGUGAUCGCCAACGCCGGGCACCACUUCCGGAACCGCGGGCAGCAGCAGUACCUGCCCUGCCCCCCCGGCUGCCCCCCGGCCCUGCACCGGCUGAUGUUGAACUGCUGGGCCCGCGAGGCGGCCGAGCGGCCGGACUUCGGCCACCUGCACCGGACACUGAGUGACCGCGGGGCCUUGGAGUGACCAUCACCUUCAUCAUCAUCUUCAUCAUCAUCAUCAUCACUGACCACCCUUCGGCCACCUGCACCGGACACUGAGUGACCACGGGGCUCUGGAGUGACCAUGGUCAUCUUCAUCAUCAUUGUCAUCAUCACUGACCACCCACUGAGUGACCGCGGGGCCUUGGAGUGACCAUGGUCAUCUUCAUCAUCAUUGUCAUCAUCACUGACCACCCACUGAGUGACCGUGGGGCUCUGGAGUGACCAUCAUCAUCAUCAUCAUCACUGACCACCCUUGGGUCACCUGCACCGGACACUGAGUGACCGCGGGGCCCUGGAGUGACCAUCACCUUCAUCAUCAUCACUGACCACCCACUGAGUGACCACGGGGCCCUGGAGUGACCACGGUCAUCUUCAUCAUCAUUGUCAUCAUCACUGACCACCCUUCGGCCACCUGCACCGGACACUGAGUGACCACGGGGCUCUGGAGUGACCACGGUCACCUUCAUCAUCAUCACUGACCACCCUUGGGUCAUCUGCACUGGGCACUGAGUGACCACGGGGCCCUGGAGUGACCAUCAUCAUCAUCUUCAUCACUGACCACCCACUGAGUGACCACGGGGCCCUGGAGUGACCAUCACCUUCAUCAUCAUCACUGACCACCCACUGAGUGACCAUGGGGCCCUGGAGUGACCACGGUCAUCUUCAUCAUCAUCAUCAUCACUGACCACCCACUGAGUGACCGUGGGGCUCUGGAGUGACCAUCACCUUCAUCAUCAUCACUGACCACCCUUCGGCCACCUGCACCGGACACUGAGUGACCACGGGGCUCUGGAGUGACCAUCAUCAUCAUCUUCAUCACUGACCACCCACUGAGUGACCACGGGGCCCUGGAGUGACCAUCACCUUCAUCAUCAUCACUGACCACCCUUGGGUCACCUGCACCGGGCACUGAGUGACCAUGGGGCCCUGGAGUGACCACGGUCAUCUUCAUCAUCAUCAUCUUCAUCACUGACCACCCACUGAGUGACCACGGCACCCUGGAGUGACCACAGUCAUCUUCAUCAUCAUCUUCAUCACUGAGCACCCUUUGGUCACCUGAACUGGACAUUGAGUGACCGCGGGGCCCUGGAGUGACCACGGUCACCUUCAUCAUCAUCAUCAUCAUCAUCAUCAUCAUCACUGACCACCCACUGAGUGACCACGGCACCCUGGAGUGACCACAGUCAUCUUCAUCAUCAUCUUCAUCACUGAGCACCCUUUGGUCACCUGAACUGGACAUUGAGUGAUUGCGGGGGGGGAGGGGCCGGGAUGAUUUUUGGGGGCAGAAAUUCUGAUUUUUUUUUUUUGUACUUUUAUUAUUUAAAAAAUUGUGGAUUUGGGGCUUUUUUGAGUUUAAAAAAUCUUUUUUUUCCCUCAAAAUUUCUUAAAAAUUGUCAAAACUUCGUAAAGAAUUGCCAAAAGUUUACCACAAAUUGUCAAAAUUUCCCAUUUCUUCCUCAACAUUUCAAUUUUUUCCCUUAAAAAUAUUUUUCCUCCCAAAAAAAACUUCACAAAAAAUUGCAUUUUCUCUCCAAAUAAUUUUAUUUUUAACAAAAAAAAUCCCAGAUUCCUCAAUAAACUCAAUCUUUUCCUUUUCAGAACACUCAAAUUUAAAUAAAUCCACUUAUUUCCUUGGAAAUUCAACUUUUCACUCAAAAACUCUUUUCUUUUUCCAAUAAAAUCAAUUUUUUCACGCAGAAAAUCCUUUUUUCUACUCAAACCCUUUUUCCUCUAAAAGUUCCCUUUAAUAAUAAAAAAAAUCCCCAUUUUUUGAGGCUUUUUUGGACCUUUUUAACCUUUUUUGAGGCUUUUAUUUAUUAUUUUUGAGUUAA